AUGUGGGCCGCCAUCCGGGGAGGACAGAGGUCACUUCGCUACACCAGGCAGACUAGAACCCGCACCGCGUACAGCAUCGACGACCUUUAUAACCAAGCAAAAGACACCAUCGCAUUCACCGAGCAUGAACGAAUCCUCUUAAACAACGCAUUGUUGCAGCUUUCACACCGUCAAGAAUGGAGCCGUAAUCUGUACGCUAAAGGAAUCCCCCCAUUCUUAAUAAGCAGCACUGAGUUUAGAGACAAGUUUAUUAGGCACGUCGACAAUGACCAGGACGCGAAGCAGGCCGUCCGGUCAUGCAUAAUAUCGGCUGUGACAAGCCUACAUCUUCCUACAGAUGGCACAAAGCCGAAAGCAGACAGUAUAACGCCGGUGUGUGAAGCCAUAAUAUCGCAUCUUACCCAGUAUGUGCGGCGAGAAAUGCCGCAAACGAUGCUGGUAUUCCACGGCGCCAAGCAUCUGGCGGACCUUACAAACCCGCUUCAGGAAUUUCCGCCUCGUCCGUUCAGGCGCCGUGUGAUUGCGCAUCUUGGACCUCCUAACAGCGGCAAGACGCAUGAAGCGCACAGGAGCCUUUGUGUGGCCGAGUCCGGGGCCUAUUGUUCGCCCCUGCGGCUGUUGGCAUGGGAGAUGCACCAGCGGCUGUCUGACGCAGGUUUGCAGUGCUCCCUUCUAACAGGCCAGGAGAAUGUUUCGAGCGAGGGAGACACACAUUUGGCGUGCACGGUUGAAAUGACGCCACUUCACCGGGAUUACGGCUGCGCCGUCAUCGACGAGAUGCAAAUGGUCGGCGACGCCAACAGGGGAUUUGCGUGGACACGAGCCUUCCUUGGCCUGCGUUCACCUGAGAUCCAUAUAUGUGGCAGCAUUUCCUGCUACAUAUUGGCCAAGAGCCUCUGUGAUAUUGCUGGAGAUUCGCUCGAAGUCACGGAGCAUGCGAGGCUAGGCGAAAUAUCGGUUCUAGAUGAACAUGUAUCACUUGAUGAUUUACAACCAGGCGACUGUGUCGUCUGCUUUUCAAGAAGCACUGCCCUGCGGCUGGUCGAGAACAUCGAACGCAGCUGCUUCAAGAACGAUGGGAGAAAUCCACUGUCAACAGCAAUAGUGUACGGUUCGUUGCCUCCGGAGACUCGUACGCGGCAGAUUGACGGCUUUAAUUCGAGGAGAAAGCAAAUUCUGGUCGCAUCUGACGUUAUCGGGAUGGGUGUGAACGUGCGCAUAAAACGCGUUAUAUUCCAUACACUUAAAAAGUUCGAUGGAGUUAAACAGCGGCUACUUACUGCAGUGGAGAUCCAACAAAUCGCCGGACGUGCUGGAAGAUAUGGGCUGGAAUGCGGGAACGGUUACGUCGGGUGCAUGAGGUCCGAAGACAUAGGGUACGUCAAACGGAUGAUGGAUAAGAAGCAGGAGCAGCUAGAGCGUGCUGUUGUGGCACCAUCGCCGGCCACGAUAGCUGCUUUUGCAGACGCCGUACGAUCGGCUACAGAUCCACCGGCUACGCUGGCUGAAGCAAUACAGAUGUACCGCUUAAUUGCGCAGGCAGGCGGUGCAUUCGAGCUCUGCGAUGUACAUGCACUCAUAAAGGUAGCCAAUGCCCUGGAUAAGAUAGAGUUGCCUACCCAAACGUUGGUGGAGUAUCUCUUUGUUCCGCUGGGCUCCCAACCGGCGCUGCAGCUGGUGCUGCGCUCAUUUGCACUGAGUCACGCCGUUCUCAACAGUGUAAAAAUCCGGAAUGUACUACACAAGGAGGCUCUGGAUUGUCUGAAAAGCCACGGCGGUAUGGUAGAGGGCGAAAGCGAUGCCGAUGGCCGGCAGUACAACCGUCAUGAUGUGAUGCGGCGGCUAGAAAUGCUAUACCAAAUCCUGGAUGCUUACGCGUGGUUAUGGCAUAAGUUCCCCGAUGUUUAUGUUGACUACCACGCCGUCGUUGCCGCCAAGAGCAACAUCUCCACGGCGCUGCAAGAGCGUCUGGAGCAUCUGUCUGACGAUACCUCCAUUUAUGAAGAGCGCGAAGAGGAUGAGUAUGGAAUAGAGGCUGACUUUGUGAGGAAACUGCUCAUAUAA